AUGGCCUCCGCCGCAGCUCAGUCUCAGCAGCGCAUGUCAGCUCUAUUGCCCCGGCGUCCAGAAGGAUCGUCAAAACCAGAGACAAAUGGCUUAUCCCAACAAGAGAUGUCCUGUGGUGUUGCUAAAGCAGCUAACGCGAUGCCUGUCGUCUUGUCUGACUCCAUUGACUACUCACUAGAGUGGCUUCAAUGUGAGUCCCUUCCAUCUCCAGUCCUCAACUUUGAUGUCUGGAAUAGUAUCAACGUGAGUGGCCUACAUCUUGGACCUUGCUUCGAUCAUGUCACCACACGAGAAAAGUUGGCUUUACCAUUUCUGAAACGAUUCACCGAGUCACCUGGUAUCGCCGAUGGUUUCGACUGCGGUACCUUAGCUCAGAGACGCCAGCUGAACAAAAUCAACGACGACUCUUCCUGCGAAUCUUUGGUCGUCAAAACACGCGAGAUUAUGGGCAUUAUAAAGAGAACUUUGACUCGACCUCGACUAUACUCCAAUGUAGGUAUCGAGUGGUCUACCAUCGUCGAAAAAGCUUGCCUCGACUUCUUUUCGCCCUGCAAUCUACACAGAUUCUUACGGCUAUUCUGGUCCGGCUGGUAUCCCAACAGUCCCAUCAUCCACAAACCAACCUUUAACCCCAAAGCGGAACUUCCAGGGCUGAUUGCAUCAAUGGUUGUUCUUGGGGCAUGUUUAUCUCCAGACUCCAAUGACUGCCUGCGUGCAAUGGCGUGGCUUACGCCAGUUGAGGAAGUAGUCUUUGCCGACAAUAUUCUGUAUGAUGACUCUAUCAUUGCGUCUUCGGACCUAGUUGGGGAUGAGGCGUUAGUGUGGGGUAAGCUGAAGGCGCUACAUGCUGCGUACUUUAUAUGUAUUGCGCAGAACUGGGAGGGGUCGAAAGAGGGGAGACAACGUGUUCGAAAAGAUCGAUACAGUUGCAUUGUCUCGAUCGCUAGAUCCUUUGGUCUCUACAACUUGAGCCUAGUGAAGUUGGAUACUACAUUCCCCACUCAACAGAAAUGGGCGAGGUUCAUACUCCUUGAAAGCAUGAUUCGGACGGCAACUUAUAUCUAUCUUCUCGACUCCGCAUUCGUUCUCUAUUAUAGACUGCCACCGAGGGUUAUAUCACUUGAACUCAACACCGGACUGGUCUGUCCCGAGAUCUGUUUCCAAGCAGAGACGGCAACGGAAUGUUUCCAUCAUCUCUACCUGAUUACCAAAGGAACUCCGGACCAAUCACGACUGACAGUAUCGUCUGCUGUCAGACUGCUAUGCUCACCUUAUGAAGUAGACCUCAACAUGUUUCACUCUCUCAGUUCUUUCAACAUGUUCACACUUGUCUCUGGAAUGUGGAAGCGCGUCGGGUUUAUGCAAUAUGCUAAUGAAUAUUAUCAUCUUGCUUGUGCAAUGCUUGAGCGCUGGAAGCUCACCGAGAGACAAAUUGGCAAUACCUUGGCCGCCUGGGCAGCACCGCUUGGGUCAGUACAGGGUAUCCCAAAGUAUGACGAUGGGGAAAUGGUUCAGGUCAAGGCUCUCCUUCAUGACAUGGAAAAUAUGACUUAUUGA